AUGCCUACUGCGACAAACCAAAAGUCAAAUGGACGAUUUCUUGACGCCAACAAGGAGCCCCAUCAAGUUCUGCUACCUAUUCGUGGAUAUGCGAAAGAACCAUUGCUGCCACUUGAAGAGGCUAUUAAGCCAAUCGACGAUCAACUCGAUGAUCUUGAUAUAAUGGUCGACACGGCCAAACAAAACUCAAAAAAACCGACAGAUGGACUCACUCGCGAUGAAUCGGCUGCCAUUCAUCUCUAUACAAUGCAGUGGGAAGAGCCGAAUGUAAGCCUUUUUACUAAGCUCAAUACCGUACUCCGUUCAAAACGACGGGAAUCACUCAGACCAUGGUUCCGUUACCUGAAACUGGUUCUCACCGCUUUAUUCAAACUGCCAUCAUUGAAGACCAUAGUGUGGAGAGGAGUUCAAGGCAAUUUGAGCGAUCAAUACGAUGAUGACAUAGUAUGGUGGGGAUUUAGUUCAUGUACGGAGAGUUUGGAGAUCACGGAGAGAUUUGUUGGCAAGUCAGGUGUACGAACAUUAUUCACUAUUGAAUGUAUUAACGGCAAAGCUAUUGGGGCCCAUUCAUUCUACAACGAAGAAAGCGAAAUCCUUCUUCUACCUGGUACUUAUCUUCGUGUUGUGGGUAAAUCGAGUCCAGCUAAGGACUUAUACAUCAUUCAUUUGCGAGAAACACCAGCGCCACGACCAUACCUUGAACCACCAUUCACAUCAACUAUAGUAGACAUUUCCGUUUCCGCUGGGUCGGCAACAACAAUGAAAACAGUAGCCAAACAAGAUAUUGCAAUUUCGAAAGGAGAAGAUUUAUCAAGUGCUGCUGUAUAUGCAACAUCCACCAAACAAAAAAGUAAGCGUUUUCUCAUUUUUAUUGGGUCAGGUCAAUCAUGCUCGGUCGUAGACGGCCGUAUUAAUAUCCAAUUACGAUGA